AGCAAUCCAUAGAACAAUUGGACGGGAAAGGUUUGAAGCAAGCCAUAUCCAACAGACCUUGAUCUUGACCUCCUAGUCGUCCUGGACAAGCAGCGGGGCUCUUCCUCCUCUCAUUUCCUUUCUCCCGCAUCUACCACUGCAUUUACCUUCCCCCUCAUCCCAUCGGGCUCUUCCACCUCUUCCAAGGCAGCAGCGACUUCUAGUUAAUCACGCAUCAACAAGUGAGUCGCCGAUCUGCUGGCAGCCUGAUCCGGCGAGGAGCCUCCAUUCGUGACCAGCAUCGACCAUACACGGAGAUGAAAGAGCUUGUUGGAAUUGAAGAGGCAAGGGAUGAGUUCAUCAAUAAAUUUUUGACACAAGGGAAUAACGUUCCCAUGAAGCAAGGAAAGACCGUUUCAAUUUUUGGAUUUGGAGGCCUGGGAAAGACAACUCUUGCUAAUGCAGUUUAUGAAAAGAUUAGAGCACAAUUCGAUUGUUGUGCUUUUGUUUCUGUGUCUCAAACUCCUGACUUGAAGAGAUUAUUCAAGGGCUUACUCAAUGAUUUUGGCGAGAGCAUUAAUGAAGAAAUAUUGGAUGAGAGUCGACUCAUAAAAGUACUCAGAGAAUUCCUUCAGGACAAAAGGUAUAUCGUUGUUGUUGAUGACAUAUGGGAUAUCUCAGUUUGGAAAAGGAUUAGAUGUGCUUUGCCUGAUAAUGAUGUUGGAUACACAAUUAUUACAACUACCCGUAUUGCUGAUGUUGCUGAACAAGCUGGCGGUGCUUACAAGCUGAAACCCCUUUCUUCAAACAACUCUCGGAAGCUAUUUUUUAGAAGAAUAUUUGGUAACAAAAACAAAGACAGCAAUAAAGAAAUAGAAAAAUGUCCUGAUGAUGAACUUGCAGAAGUAUCUGGCAGAAUACUAAAGAAAUGUGCUGGUGUGCCCUUAGCAAUUAUUACAAUGGCUAGCUUGCUAGCUUGCAAAGCAAGAAAUAAACUGGAGUGGUACGAGGUGUACAACUCUGUUGGUACUGGCAUGGAAAACAAUAUGGAUGUGGAGAAUAUGUGAAAGAUAUUGUCUUUCAGCUAUUAUGAGCUGCCAUGCCAUCUAAGGACUUGCUUGUUAUAUUUAAGCAUGUUUCCUGAAGAUUCUGAAAUUGUCAAGGAACGCUUGAUAAGAAUGUGGAUAGCUGAAGGUUUUAUCCAAUGUGAAAAACAGGGGAAGAAUCCAUUUGAAAUAGGAGAGUUUUACUUCAACGAGCUCAUAAACAGAAGUAUGAUCCAAUCGAUAUAUAACUCACUCACUGGCAUGAUAUAUAGUUGUCGCAUUCAUGAUAUGGUGCUCGAUCUUAUCCGUUCCUUUUCAUGUGAAGAAAACUUUGUUACCAUACUAAGUGAUAUGGAUAGCACAUCUCCAUCGAGUACGAUUCGGAGGUUGUCCCUUCAAAAUGGCAAGAAAAGUCACGUGAUGGCUCAGGCUACGAGAAACUUGUCGCAACGUGCAAGGACAGUUGUUAUCUUCCCACCAGCAGUUGCUCAAGUGCCGGCUGCUGGCAGCUGCCGAUUUUUACGUGUACUGGAUUUGGAGCAUUGCAACUUUUCACAUACUGAUAGCCUUAAGUACCUUGGAAAUUUAUACCAGUUGAGGUACUUAAGACUAUAUUCUAUGCAUAUUUCUCAGCUCCCUGAAGAAAUAGGAAACCUGCAGUUUCUACAAACAUUGGAUGUGAGGAGCAAUCCUAUUUCCAUCUUGCCUUCAAGUGUUGUCGAGCUAAGAAAUUUGAUGUGCCUAGACAUUGAUGAGACUACAAGAGUGCCAAAUGGAAUUGGAAACCUAACAUGCCUUGAACAGCUAUCACUGUUACGUAUUGAUGGGUCCACCAUAAACAUUAUAGAGGAGUUGUGCCAGCUAACUGAACUGAGGCGGCUGUGGAUUAAAUUGGACGAGUGGAACGACAAGCUGUUGGGGUGCCUACACAAGUUACAAAAGAUCCAGGAACUACAUAUAAAAGUCCAUCGUUGGCCACGCAACAUCGGUGGAUUGGAUGCCUGGGUCGCUCCUCGACAUCUCCGUUUGUUGAAUACAGAAGACAUCUGUUGGUUUUCUACACUGCCGACUUGGGUGAAUCCAUCGUUUGUUCCGGUUCUCACCUGGCUACAGAUUGCCGUGAGGGAGCUACAUCAGGUGGAUCUCGACAUCCUCGGGAGGUUGCCAGCUCUCCGCUUUCUACGGCUGAUGGUGGACAAUAAGAACCUGGGAAUCCUUCAGGGGUUAAUUGUUAGUCCUGGUUCGUUCCCGUGCCUUGAAUUCUGUUACUUCUUGAAAUUUGUAUGGCCAGUGGUGUUUCAAAAAGGAGCUAUGCCAAGGCUCACAUCGCUUAGCCUCUGGUGGUUGUUUUAUGCGCGGGAGGCAAGAGGAAUUGGCAGCAGCGAUGGUGGUCUCGACUUGGGCCUGGGGAACCUGCCAUCGCUGCAGGACGUCAAGGCUAUGCUCCGAUGUGAAGGCGCUAGCAAGGAGGAGGCGGAGCAAGCCAAGGCUGCGCUGACGCAUGCAGCUAAAAUGCAUCCCAAUCAUCCCAGACAUCAUAUAGAUGUAUAUUGAUUGUGAAGAUUCAGAUGAUGAAUAACGAACCGGAUAAAAGAUUUGAGUUAAUGCAAAUGAUAAGUUGCUGGUGGAGCUUCGUCACAUUUGCAGAGAUUAGAUUGCUCACCCGUGGACAGUACCAAAUAACUCGAACCUGUAUGUAGUGAUGUUAUCUACUCAGUUUCCCAUGGAAAUGCCACGUCUGUGGGUUAGAUUUGGUUAGUUAACAACUAUUACGAUGUCUGGCUUCUGCACACUUGGAACCUGGAGGCCUUCCUAGACGGCUCAAUUUUACUCCCUUUUUUGCAGUACUGAUGUUGCUCUCUGGCAUCAGUAAUGCGGGGCGUGGGGAAGGCAGUGCAAUAUGCCGGCCCAAGGAGCCUGCAAACCAAAAUCUUUUGCUUAUUUUCUGCGUUGUGUUUGUCCUGCCGCUCGUUCCUAUUAUUCUUCACGAGUGUUGCUUAUGUGACGAAAAAGGUCAAGUAGUUAUUUUGCGUGAGACUUCAGAGCAUCGGUGCCGGAAUGCAUGGUUUUUUUGAGGGGUCAGGAAUGCAUGGUCGAUCGCUCUGUUUCUUUCUAAUACAGGGCAACUGAUGUAGCAUUUCAUUGCAACUAAGUGCAACUAAGACGCCUGCUCUGCUC